AUGGGCGACGCCUCGGAACUUCUCGAAUCGACGUCAGAAGCUGAUGAUUGGUGGGAAGAGAACUGCUCGAUCAUCCCGCCAGAGUUCUUCAGGUUCCUUUCUCAUGCCUUAUUUUCAAGCAAAGCAGUUCAGACUGGUCCUGGUAGGUGUUGUCGGAGCCUGCAUUGCCUCGGUCUCCGUCUUUUUCAAUACCUUUCUCUUCUGCGUCCUCUGCAGGUCACAUCCAACUUUAUUUUUAUAAUCGAAAAUUUUCAGGAAUCGCCGCCAUCGGCACUCGCACUUGAUAUACCUGAUGUUCCUCGCCUUAGCCGAUACUUUUCUUUCUGGUUCGUUAACCUUUUCUCCAGAAAAUUCAUUUCUCUUUGCUUUUCUUUCGAGAACUCGAUAUUUCAUUCCGAGGACAUAAUUAAACUCUUUCGUUUUAUUGCGCCCCGGGGCGACAUCAUUUUUGGUCUCAGAAAAUUUGCAGCUCUGGUCUGAACUCUCGAAGUAAACACAGAAAGUAUACAUAAACUUGAAUUUACAAAUCAGCUUUGACCAAUUUUCACCCUAUGAUAUGUUCUUAAUUUCCAAAGACUUACAUAAAGAGGAGGGUUCAGGAGCAUAUAUCCUGCUCUUUCCUGUCAAUCUCUACAUGGACUACUUCAACUCUGAGUGGCUGGCGGCCGCCUGGUGGACCUACAUGAGAGUCAUGAUAACCGUCUCUCACGUCUUCAUUUCCACUUCGGCCUUUCUGAUCUGCGCUGCCGCCUUCGAGCGGUUUAUUUUCAUUUUCGAGCCAAAUGAAAAAACACAUUUCCGAUACACCAACAAAGAAAAAAGUCACAGGAGAGCGCGAAAGCUCUCAAAAAUAUUUUUAAAUACGGUGAUUAUGUUUUUAUUAAGAACAAAACGAGAUAACUAUCAAAAUUAGGAGGAAGAAGAACGAAAAAAUAAGGAAAUUUAAAAUCUUGAAAGGAAAAUUGUUUUCAUUGGAAAAUAUGGAAAAUUACUUCGAGCCAAAACUCAUAAACAGAAUGAACGAAAGUGAGCUGGGACCAGACCCAGUUAGACUUCAUGACUACAUCAUAUGAACUUUAAACUCGAAGAGAAUCCGACCAAAACUGAUGAACAGUUCGUUUUCUGAAAAAUCUCUUGACUAUGAUCAAUAUUUUCUUUUGAUCGCAGUGCAAAAAGUACUUGACGCCACCAUUAACGAAAUUUCCUAGUUCAAGUUCUGUUUUACAGGUAUAUGACGACUUCGAAAUUAGCUUGCCAGUUUGCCCGACACCACCGUCUCAUAAUUUGCCUCUGUAGCCUGGUUGUCGCUGUCGUUGCCAAGCUGCCCAUGUACUUCGAGGUCGAGGUUCGAGAUUUCUCGGAAUGUCUACUCAGAUUGUUCAAAGGUGGUUCCAAACGGUAACUGCACCGGCGUGACGUCGUUGACGGCCAUACAAUCGAAAGCUUCCGAGUCAGAGCCCUAUAAAACUGCAUACAAAGUGAAACUCAGUUCGAAUUUUCUUUAAAAAAUAGUUCUGCAGUACUGGUUUCGAAAUGUGGUCACUAUAUUUUUACCUUUUGUCAUGUGUUUCUACCUCAAUUUCGCAAUAAUCCGCCGGCUGAGGAUACAACACAAAGGCGCGAAACUGUUUCGUUUCGCCACAUCUGAACACAGGGUACCACGAAACUUCAGAUCUGAAAUGGCUCCGCUUUACAGCAAAACAUUAGAGCGGCAACGUUGAUGCUUAUUUCGGUGACUUGUACUUAUCUUGCUUCGAACCUUCUCAACGUCUUCGUGUACACCUGGGAGCUCAUUGACAAGGCAAUUUAGCCAUUUUUCCUGAGAAAAAAAAAGACUUUUUCGUUCAGACGUCGCUUCUCCUGGAGUACCGGACAUUUUACACGCUCUCUUCUGAUUUGGUCUCUCUUCUGACCGUCUGCGCGAGGUUUGAGACGUCUUAGAUCUGGUUGAAGGAUCGCUCUCAGUGCGUGUCGCUUGCCGAUUUACCUCGCCUGCAAUGCACGGAUCCGUUGCGAAGUCCUCGACUACCUUGAGACCUGCGUUUUCAUACACUUUGACGUCAAAUCCUACUCGGUUCAGUCUUUUUUGUGACUCUGAUCAGAGUUGCCCACAAGAAAACAAACGACUUUUUUUUCGGCUGUGCUUAGUUCAGACGGCGGCGAAGCAGAUAAAACCGUCCACUUUUUGGCAAACCGCUUCCCAGGCCGAAUCUAGCUGUGUCGCGUUGCUUACGGCCUUGGCCGGGCUUUUGAACGCGCAGCUCUGAGUCUGAUAGAGUAUCUUUCGAGGAAAAUAUCUAAAAAUGAGGCAGAGACUUGUUUCUCUAAAAUGUUUGGAACGUAGAGCAUUUUCGAACCUUCAAGACUUUGUUUCAAUUCCCUAUUUUAGAGCUUAGUUCUCUCUGAAUCAACUUAAAAUAUGUGUUAAAGAUUGAGAGCGAAACCGAAAAACGCUUUCAGAGGUCAUCAACAAUGAAAUCAAGAGCUCGCGCCACUACAGUCCGUUACUGUGACACCGGAAACGGCUAUAUGAUUUACGACGUUAGUUUUUCAGGAAUUUAUGCAUUUCUCUCUCAUUUUAAAUGUUCCAUUCAGAGACGGGAACAAGAUAGUGUGGUUGAACUGGUAAGGGUUAUCUGGUUGUUUUUUUCUGCGUUUUAUAACUAGACGUUUUUUUCUUCCUUUUUUUCGAUUAGACAUUAGAAGGUUUGAACUGCGAAGACCUUAGUACCACUUUCAUCUGUAUUUUAUGCGAUGUGUGAGGAAAAUUCUUCGGAGUAUUGGUGCAUGCAAUGUUUUCGAAAAUAAUCUGCCGUGUUUCGUUUCAAAAUGAAAAAACGAGUUUAAUAAAAAAAAAAAUUCCAUAUACCAUUUAGUAAUUAGAUCAAUCAUUGUUUUAAAUUACGAGUUUAGUUGACUAAACGGUUAAAUGAUAGUUUUUGAAAUUUCAAAACUACGCUCGGCAAAUAACAAGCUCGAAAACGUAGUUUGAGGGGGAAAGCAUGCUCUCUGUACAUUAUUAUUAUCAGAAUCGCGUUGAAGAGCUUGGCAUGGAUAGAUCUUCACAAAAUGAGCACUUAUUAUUUGAAGCCUAGGUGGUUUUCGAAAAGAGAUUUGCCACAGGAAGUGUAGAAAGGUUUUUUCAUAAACUGUUCUUUCUGAAACUACAUAGUCUAGCUCGUCUGCACUCUCUUUUCCAUUACUUGCGCUCUCGUUCUUUUGUGUUUCUCAUUGUUUCCUGAAAAAUUUGUUGAGAUGAAAAUAGUCAGAAUUAUUCAGAUCGUUCCGAAUAAGGUAUAAAGUUGUACUGAACUAUUCUGAAUCUGAUUUUUACAUUACUGGAGUGGAUCGAAAAAAAAAUCGAAACUUUCAAUUUUUAGUCGCCUAACAAAAAAGGCGAGCGAAGGGCGCGAAGCGUCGGAACUGGUCUCGAUCGGAUAGUGCUUUCUGUCGCCAUGGGUAGCAUGCCGAACCGGUGAGAAAGGAACGGAAAAAAGGGAAAAAGUUGUCUGAUUGCAGCCAUGUGAUCGCUGUGCCGCCGACGUUCGAAGAGAGCGGCUGA